AAACAAAAUUUUGUUUAUAUAGAAUAAGAAUCAGUUUAAUUUAUUGAAAUAAGUUAUAAAUGGGACGAAGAAAAUCUAAAAGAAAGCCACCUCCAAAACGACGUGCAAUUCAGCCUCUGGAUCAAAUGUUUAAUUGUCCUUUCUGUAAUCAUGAAAAAAGCUGCGAAGUGAAAAUGGAUAAAUCAAGAAACUCUGCACUUAUAAGCUGUAGAGUAUGCUCAGAAAGAUUUCAAACAACUAUUAAUUUUCUGAGCGAGCCUGUUGAUGUCUAUAAUGACUGGAUCGAUAUGUGUGAAGCUACAAAUUAAGGAUCAUAUAGAAUACGUUGAUCUAACGCUAAGAUAAAUACUUAAACUUAUAUAUUCAAUCUUGUAAGAUUCAUUUGAUUAAGAAUAAAUAUCUGAUUUUAUUCUA